UCGCGAGUAGGUCCAAGUCCAAGCGAGUGUGACAGUGACAACCUCUGCUCCGAGCCGCAGUCUGCUGACUCAAUGUCAUAAAGAAGACACCUGUUUACUUACUCUUGCGGGUUCCUGUUCGUCAGUGUCUUUUCUCUCCAGCUUUUCUACACAUUUCAAUAGUUUGGCAUUCCCUCCCGCAUCCUCACUGUCGUAAGAAGUUUCCCUCAGGUGUGAAACAUGCGGAAGGCCACUUCAAACGUCUUGCACUCAGUCACACAGCGACAUUGGCCGUUAAAGAUUAGAACAGCUAAAUAUAGUACCCCUCCAUUAAGUAAGGAUACCUACAAGAUCAAGAGAGGAAAUUUUGCUUCCCUCACUGACAAGGAUAUAAAUGUUUUUGAAGGAAUUGUUGGCAAGACUCGAAUGUUAACUGACGUUUCAGAUGUAGAGGCAUAUAAUGUUGAUUGGCUUCACUCGGUUAGAGGGAGCAGCCAAUGUGUCCUCAAACCUAAGACAACUGAGGAGGUUUCUGCCAUAUUGAAACACUGCAAUGAACGCCGUUUGGCAGUAUGUCCUCAAGGCGGGAACACAGGUUUGGCUGGUGGUAGCAAUCCAGUCUUUGAUGAAGUGGUAAUUUCCACAAGCCUCAUGAAUAAGAUUAUUAGUUUUGACAGUCUCUCAGGUGUAUUAACAUGCCAGGCUGGGUGUGUACUGGAGCAGUUAGAAUCUUAUUUGCUAGAGCAAGGCUUCUUGAUGCCACUGGACUUGGGAGCCAAAGGUAGCUGCCAAAUUGGGGGUAAUGUUUCUACAAAUGCAGGAGGCCUCCGUCUUGUUAGGUAUGGCAGUCUGCAUGGCACUGUCCUCGGCAUUGAAGCGGUUUUAGCUAAUGGAGAAGUUAUCAACUGUUUAAACAAAAUGAAAAAAGAUAAUACUGGAUAUCAUUUGAAACAUCUUUUUAUUGGCUCUGAAGGAACUCUGGGCUUAGUAACUCAAGUUGCAAUACAUUGUCCUGUUAGUCCAAAAUCAUUGAAUGUUGCAUUUUUAGGUCUUGACAGCUAUGAGAAAGUAUUGGAAGCCUUAAAAUCAAGUAAGAAGGAUCUGGGGGAGAUUCUAUCUUCCUGUGAGUUGAUGGACAGGACUUCAAUACAAGCUGUGGAGGAAAACUUGAAACUCCGUGUUCCCAUAAAAGACUGCCCAUUCUAUAUGCUGAUUGAGACAUCAGGCAGUAAUAGUGAUCAUGAUGAAGAGAAACUAUCUCAGUUUCUUGAAAAUGCUCUUGAGAAAAAUAUUAUUGUGGAUGGAAUACAAGCAAGUGAACCAUCUCGCAUAAAGCAACUUUUUGAAGUGCGGGAAAGGAUGGCAGAAGCACUGCUUUUGGAUGGCUUUCUUUAUACAUAUGAUGUUUCCUUAAAGCCUCAAGAUUUCUAUUCAAUUGUACCUACUACGAGAGAACACUUAAAAAAUGUGCCAGGUGUAAUGAGAGUAACUGGAUUUGGACAUUUUGGUGAUGGCAAUAUCCACCUCAACAUCACAUCAAAAGAGUACAGCAAAGAAAUCAUGAACAAUAUCGAACCAUUCGUGUAUGAAUGGACAUCAAAAUUUGGAGGCAGUGUUAGUGCAGAGCAUGGCAUCGGUCUGAAGAAAACAGGAGCUGUCCACUUCUGCAAACCUCCUCAAGCUAUACAGCUCAUGCAUCAAAUUAAAAAUGUCAUGGAUCCAAAUGGCAUCAUGAAUCCUUACAAGGUUCUCCCAGCAAUAAACUCAGCAUAAGUUUCAGUUUGUUUAUUCUUUAAGUAUCAUAGAACAAAGCAAAUGAAAUCAAAUAUUAUAUUAAAGUUGUGCCAUCAUGAUUAA